ACUCCAAGAUGGCGACUUCCAGCGCUCCGUAUCACACAUAAUCGUAAUUGAAAACAAAAUAACAGCGUCCAGCGGCCGUCUGAAACCCAUGCCGAGGCUGAACAAAAGGAGCCGGGCGGCGCUGCACGGUCGCCGGUGAAACGCGGAAACGGUCUCCCGAUGGUCUGCUGGCGCGAGGUUCCGCUCGCGGUGUCUGUCUGAGGGGAUUUGUGUUAUCCGAGCAUGGCCACCGAGAACAGGAUCAAUUUUUGGAGGAGAAACGCAAAGGUUCCCGGAAGUAUACAGCCAGUUUAUGGAGCUCAGCAUCCACCUCUUGACCCGCGCUUGCGACGCACGUUCCCCAAAGACACUCCAAAGUCGAAGUUCAACAACCUGAAGUCUAAGAAGGCCUCUAGUUUCCAUGAGUUUGCCCGCAGCACCAACGAUGCCUGGGAUAUUGACGAUGAGGAGGAUGAAGAUUUCCUUGGGGCCCCCGCCCCUCCUUCAUCACUGCCAUCAGGCCGGCACUCCACACAUCACCAGUCCUCCCAGCAGCAGCAGAGUCAGGCUGGUGAACCACAGAACCGGAUGGCAGAAAGACUGGCACCUCCCAGUGGAGAAGGUCAGCACCUCCAGGAGGUGCAGGAGGAUGAGGCCGAGUGCGAACAGGUCAACGGCAGGGUGGUCAAGUCCAGUAGUGAGGCCCACCUCAACACAAGCUCAGUUCGUUCAACACUGCAGAAGCAGCAGUCACUCCCUGUCCGUCCCAUCAUCCCUCUGGUGGCUCGCAUCUCAGACCAGAAUGCCUCAGGGGCACCGCCCAUGACGGUGCGAGAGAAGAGCCGACUGGACAAAUUCAAACAGCUGCUCGCUAGUCCCAACACUGACCUAGAAGAGCUCCGGAAGCACAGCUGGUCAGGCAUACCAAGAGAAGUCCGGCCAAUCACAUGGAGACUUCUCUCUGGCUACCUGCCGGCCAACAUGGAGCGCAGAGAAUUGGUGCUUAAGAGGAAGAGAGAGGAGUACUUUGGCUUCAUUGAGCAGUAUUACCACUCCAGAACGGAUGAGCACUAUAAGGACACAUACAGACAGAUCCACAUUGACAUUCCAAGGACCAAUCCUCUGAUUCCCCUGUUCCAGCAGCCUGCAGUACAGGAGGUGUUUGAGCGUAUCCUGUUUAUCUGGGCGAUCCGUCACCCAGCCAGUGGUUACGUCCAGGGGAUCAAUGAUCUGGUGACGCCCUUCUUUGUUGUCUUCCUCUCUGAAUUUGUCAAGGAGGAUGUGGAGAACUUUGAGGUGGCAGCCCUGCCUCUGGACACUCAGAGGAACAUUGAAGCUGACAGCUUCUGGUGUAUGAGCAAAUUGCUGGAUGGGAUACAGGACAACUACACCUUUGCUCAGCCUGGGAUCCAAAACAAAGUGAAGGCUUUGGAGGAGCUGGUCAGCAGAAUAGAUGAGGACAUCCACGGUCAUUUCAAGAAGUAUGAGGUGGAGUACCUGCAGUUCGCCUUCCGAUGGAUGAACAAUCUGCUGAUGAGGGAGCUACCGCUUCGUUGCACUAUCCGACUCUGGGACACAUACCAGGCUGAAGCAGAGGGCUUCUCGCACUUCCACCUGUAUGUCUGCGCUGCUUUCCUCAUAGAGUGGCGCAAAGAAAUCCUCUCCAUGGUUGACUUUCAGGGCCUUCUCAUGCUAUUGCAGAACCUUCCCACAAUCCACUGGGGCAACGAGGAGGUGGGUCUCCUCCUAGCUGAAGCCUACAGACUGAAGUACAUGUUCGCAGACGCACCCAACCACUACAAGAGAUAGGCCUCAGGCUUCCAGAUCACGGCCAAACAGACUAGUUCAAAUCAAACUAGACUGUGUUUGAAUGGACCUCGAGUAUUUGAGACACUCCAGACUUAUAUUGUCUUACGUUGUCUCCGAAAUAACCUGGAAGAGACUGAUAUACCUGUAUAAAGAUGCAUCAUGUAAAAUAUAUACACUAAUGGGGUAAAUUCAUGGCAACUCCUCAACUGAGCCAGGUUUUCCCUCUGGAGAGACUGCUGUUUGGCAAAUUCAGUUCCUGGGAAUCUGCAGGUUUUUAUCUCAGAGCAUUUGGUUAAAUCAACAUGUACUAUAAUAAUUAGGCUUGAAAAUGAAGUCCAGUGUCUUUGGGUUUAUGGUGCACCCCUAGAGCUCAGUGUCCAUGGGACUAUUUAUGCAGUCUGUGUACUGUACCUUUAUCAUUGGACUGUUACAGUGUAAGUGGCCAUACAUUUGAGCUCUUGGUUUACUCAGACUCUCUUAGGUCAUGCAGCAUUGAUUGUCUCACAAGUUAAAUGUACAUUCACGAGAACAUAUGUAAUAUAAUUUAAAAGGAUGAUGAAUGUUUGUGAGAUCAUCCUUUUGGUGAAAGAUGGUAUCCAGAGAUUAUAUUUUUUUCAGACUUGUUUUAGUGAUUGUUUAAAAAAAAAAAAAAAAGAAUUCUAGGGUGUAGAACAAGCAACCACUAUAUUUUGUUGAUUUCUCUUUUAAACCUAUAGCCUACUGCUUGAGUUUUUUCUGCUUCUGUCACGCCAUUGUGAAUAAUACCCACUGCAAGUCUUCCCCUCCCUCAGAACCAGGAGAGCUAAUUUGCGAAGAAGUGACUUUUGUUUUUGGUUCAGCAUGACCAAAUCUGCUCAAAGCAAUCAGCUAAUGAUAGUCCUCAGUUUGGACCACAAACAAUCAGUUAAACGGUGUGUCCCGGUACUGGACGAGAACCAAAACACCUCUCUUGUAAUUCUCAAAAGUCAGAGUGAAUAAGGUCCUGAUGAAGGGCUGACUUUAGAUAAAAGUUUUGGAAAAGCUGAUCUGAUCUUGAUAUAUUCGGUCAGGGUUGGAUUCACUAAUUAUGUUAGAAUGAUUAUGUGACGUGCAGAGCCCUGUCUGUCCGGUCUUAGGAAGUCUGUGAUAUUAGUCUUACACUUUGUGAAUAUGAGCCCAGGCCUGAGCGGUACGGUAACGAGACCCUUGAGACCCUCUUCACUCAGUAUUUGGUACAUUACAUGUUACAUGGUCCGCUGCUGCUACCAACGGUGACCACCCUGUAAACCCGCAGAAAGUGCCGCUUUGCAUUUCAGGUUCACCGUCACAAAGUGGGAGAACUGGUUCCGUGUUAGCUUGCCUUUCAGGGUGUUUGGUAGCGGGUUGGGAAGGGGAACAAGGCAGCGGAUUCACAUCAGCACCGCUCCUGAGUCCAGCUCUCAGCUCCACGGGGCUCCAUGCCUAAGUGAACCCCACAGCCUCAGUGUGAAUAGAUCAGAAAUAAUUCGGGACUUUCCAAUCCAUGUAAUGUUGGGAGUUCCCUUCUCAUGUUUGCACUAGAGAUAAUUUAUUAAUUGAAAUGUGUCUGGGUUCAUCCGGUAUGACUACUAACUAAGCUACCAUGUCUGGCUUUUUAAUUUUGGCCUUUUUAGGUGAAAAUGCUGUUUUAGUCGGAGAUUGCAGCAGAUAUGAAAACUGUUACCAGCUCAAAAUGAGGUUGGUAACAGCUGAUGAGAGUGAUGCUGUUGACAGACUAUCAGAAACUUGACCAAACUAGCUACUUGGUACUUCAUGUUAAGAAUACAAGUCUCGUCUCCUGUUUCUACUUGUUUAGAAAUCAUUUUAGCGACGCAUUGCAAUAUGGUGACUUCAUGGACACAUGCUGGUACUGAAGGUCAUGCGGUCACACCACCUACUUGAGACUGUCCUAUAAACACAGUGCAGCUGGAUUUCAACAUUCAAAAUGAUGCCUUUGUUAUGAGCAUUUGUAAUGUACUCUUGUCUUUUACAGUAUAACAUGGACGAAUGCUUUGUUAACAUUAAUGCCUGUACUAUAUAUAUCAGAUAAUUUUCAGUUUGUUUGCUGUUAAACCCGUGACUUCCUAGUCAGUGACGUGAUCGAGGAAACUGUUUUAAUUUGUGAACUGCAGGAUUUUGUUUUGUUUUGUUUUUUAAUGUGAAUAUGUGUGUCCCACUACUUCAUCUACCUUCAUUACCAGUGAUAAUUAUUUUUACACAAUGUGUGUAAAAGACAGACAAUCAUUAGCCUACAGUGCUUUGAUUUCCUAACCCAUUAGAUUUGCAUCGAGGUUUGUGCUUUCAUCUUUUCCUUUACCUCUGAAAAAUGGCAUUUCACAAUUCUGGAGCAAAUUUUUUCAUUUUCUUUGAUCAGUGGUGGUAAACUUUGAUAAUUUUACUGCGAGCAGAUUGUAGAAUGCACUAGAUAUCCGGCUGAUAUCCUGGUCAUUGUAGACUGCAAAAAAUAGGGAAUCAUCUUUUAAGGAAAGGAUGAUGAGUCUUAAUUCAUUUUCGGAAAACUUGGCAAAAUAAGUUUUUGUUUUUGUUUGUUUGUUUUCCAUUCAGCUGUACUGAAACGCUUCUCUAAGACAACCGUAGUCUACAAUGUUAGCUUUAUAAUGCCAUGAAGUAACUAAGUGCUACUGAUGAUACUGCAGUGCUUAAAUUGAGUCAGUAUGAGAAACUGGCUUAGAUUUAUUUGUAAUGUAACUAUGAUGUCUAUUGAGUUAAGAUUUUAUUCUUUGAUUUUUCCCCCCCUCUCCUUUUUACACUGUGCUUUCUCUCCACAUGCACAAGCUCGUGUGCUCCAGCCCUGUUUUACACAUCUGAAACAACAUCUUCAACAUGUUUUUGAGUGUAAAAGUAAGUUAUGCCUUUAGCCUUAAAGUAGAUUUUUGCGCUCUGCUUCUUCAUCCAUUUGUGCAAAAUGACCGCGUCACCGUGUCGUGCUGUUUUCACUCCAAGGCCUGCCAUGAUUGUGCUGUUCACUCCAACCUGUUUCAUCUGUCUCAGGCCGUCAUGUCCUUAGGACGAAGACAAAGAGAGGCUGAUGAAGAUUUAUUAACUCAGUUUAGUAGUAUUCAUACUGUUUGCUUUUUCUCUUUCUUUUUCCCCAAUCAUCAGAUGCCAAAUCCCUGGGCCAAUACAAUCUGUUCUUGUUAGAGUGCUUCAGUAGUCAGUGCUGGCUUCAGCCUUAAAGGAAGACUUAUUACAGUAAUCUGCUGUAUAUUAAUCUUUGGUUUAUAUUAAACAGUUGUAAUUCUUCA